ACGGGCCUUCAAACCAACUAGGUGGGAAAGUGGGGAAUUUCAGAUGAGUAACUGCCAUUUUUUCGUUGCUAAACCAAAACGGAAGAAAACACUAACCACCAUGGUUCUGGUGGUUCUCGGAAGUUACAGGGGAGUUAAUCAUCUUCCUCGGGGCUUUAUCACUGUCUCAAACCCAUGUCUUUACCGAUUCGAAUUCUUCAGACGUUAGUCUCAUUCUUGCUGCCGUGUUUUGCCCAAAUUCUGUAUUCAAAUCCACCGUUCUUUUCAGAAGCAAUCAGGAACUCGGAACACAGGCUGAAGCUUCCCCUGGUGGGAGACGAUGGGCGGGUAUACGUCUGCUCGGGAAGAAACUUCUUUGCGUUUGAAAGCAAUGGUUCAAUUGCUUGGAGUGUAGCUCUUAAUCAUACUUGCAGUCUUAAGAUUGCUCCUGCCAAUGGUGGCUCAAGAAAGAUAUAUGUGGUUGCGGAAGAUAGAGUUCUGAAAAUCAACCCCUUAAGAAUUGGGGGUUCGGAGUCUUCUGUACAAGUUUUCUUUGGGGCGAAACAAACAGAUGCAGAAAGCUGGGGAGAGAUUGUUGGCAUUGCUGUGAGCAUAUUCAGUUCUCGGGUCCUGAUCACCAUCAAAAGAAGAGGAUUGUUUGCUUAUAAGCUGCAUGGGAAACUGGCAUGGAGUGCUGGCCCAGUAAAGAACCAACAUGGGUUUCACCAAGGCUGCAGCAAAAACCUUGAAGACUGUUAUUUCUCUUCUGCUCCUGUGAUUGAUCAUUGUGAAGCUCGUGCCUAUGUCUUGAAUAAUGGAGGAGAGCUUUAUGCUGUUUCUACUAGUAGUCCUCAUUUCCUAUGGAUAACGGAUUUGAGCACAUUUGGAAACAUAUCUGCAAUUACUGCUGGGAAUAAUGGUUUGGUGUAUGUUACUGUCCCAGCUAAAGCUCUAAUCCUAGCCCUAGACGCUUCCAGAGGGGACAUUUUGUGGCAGGGAAGUAUUGGACCAUUAAGUACUGCAGAUUACACCCCCGUCAUUGAUUCUAAUGGUUGGGUUUCUGUCGGUUCUUUGGAUGGUUUCGUGUAUUCAUUUUCACGGACGGGUGUGCUAAAGAAGUUCUCUACAGUGGGACACCAAGACGCUGUCAUCCAAGCUAGUCCUAUCCUGGACUGCUCAGGUUAUGCAAUCUAUGUUUCACAGACACAGAUGGAUGGAAAGUUGCCCAAGAGUCGUAGCUCAAGUGGGGGAAAAGGAUAGGCAUAAAUAUGCUGAGGGGAUCCCAUGGUGUGGGAUACAUUAUUUUGUAUGGUCUCUCUCAGGCAUUAAAUGUUCAUGUUCUUGGUGAUGUCAUAGGUUUGUUCUCAUCUAAGCUGGUUGAUAGCGAUCUCAAGCAUUUCAUUUGCGAUGAAAAGGUCAUUCUAGCUUUUUUUGCUGCUUCAAAGACUAAUAACCCAUUUCAAUGCAUUAGCACACGUCAGAAAUUUGCAUACAGUUGUUCACAGAUCAGACCUACGACCUCCGACAUUUACACGAGUAAUGAGAGGGCAAUUGUCUUAUUUCUGUUGUUUGAAUCGGCUUUGUUACUAGUUUUGGUUGCACUAGUAAGAUUCUGUUGUGUCUUCUGGAAGAAGAAGAAGCUCCAAAGUCGACAACUUGGAGGAUUCCUAGAAAAGAGACGCUCUCUUCAACUCCAAAAGAAAGCAUAUGACAGGACAAUAUCUGAGCUUGAGCAGAAAGCUGCAAAGGAAACGGUAAGGAAUGAAAUGAUAGAACAGCUAGGGGAUUUAAUGAAGGAAAGGGAAGGCAUAGAGAGGAAGCUCUCAACAACAUAUAGCUUUGGAAGAGAUGAAACCACAAGCAUGAGAGGUUCAAAAUCACUGCUUCUUCCUUUAUCUGAUCGAACAACUCGGAGUUACUCUUUUCAAGACGGGAACAAGGAGAGCAUCACUCUCUUUCACACUGGCAGUGAUGCUUCAUCUAAAGAUAGUGAGUCUGAACUUGCGGAAGCCUGGAUUUGCAGUGAUGAUUAUGAUGAUGAGAUUUGUGAAGAUGAAGAGUAUGAAGCAAGUCCAUCAAACCCUAGUUCGAGUUCGCAUGGAGUUACGGAGGCAACAUUGGGUGAAAUAGGGGAAGGGAUGUCACAUCAAAGUGUUUUGAAGCGUAGGAUGAGAUCUUUGUCAUCAUCAAGCAGCUAAAUUUAUCAUCAUACUUGAAAAUCACAUUGCAUUGGAGUAAAUACCCUUAUUCUGCUUUCUGUAUUUGAUUGAGAUUAGAAUGCUCCUUUCUUUAGCUUCCCGUUGUAACUUAUAUAAGCAUUUUAAGGUAUCUACCCUUGUAUGAAUAUACCUCAGGUUUCCCAAAGCUCAAUGGUUAAGUUAUUACUUAUUAUACAUGGUACUAGUUUUUGUAACGCGCGUUGCGUGAAUGGCAUGUUGCCCAAUGCGGCAAUGCCCCA